AUGAUUCUCAUCGACAACAAAACCGAUUCGACUGAAAUCCAACCUCAAACAGAAUCACUAUCACAGUCCGAUUCCUAUGCCGAUGGAUCUGAACCAGCUGCUUCCUCAGUGAUACUAGAUAUUCCCGCCUCCGAUAGUCACGAAUAUCUGCCAGAAGCUGCUAUGCGACCGCCACCAAAUUAUUCUCCAACUGCCGUAAGUCCUGGGGGGAGCGCAAGAAUGUUUGUUACCAAUGGAAGACCAGGUUCGGUUAUAGACUUGAUAGAUUCUUCUGCCUCUGGUAUUUCUUAUCCAACAGAAAAAGCCCGUCUUCCCGAGUAUAGUGAGACUGUUGUGACGGAAGCUACGAUUCGAAGCGAUGGGCGCAUUCAAGCUUCGUUUGCAUCGUCUCAAGGGUUCCCAGAGGGAUAUGCACCUCCAAUAUAUGAGCCUGCUCUUGAAAAGGACGGGAGCCUUAAUACCCCUUCAAUGAAUAUCAAUAUCAUGAUUGUCGGAAGUAGGGGUGACGUCCAGCCAUGCGUUGCGCUUGGCCAACAACUCCAAGAAUACGGUCAUAUAGUUCGGAUCUCUACACAUGAGAUGUUCCGUUCGCUUGUUAAACACGCCGGACUUAGAUUUUUCAGUAUUGGAGGGGACCCAAGCAACCUUAGCGAAUACAUGUUUCUCAACGCUGGGCCUGUUUCAAAAUCGGAUAAUAUCAAGAAAGGUGACGUUGAAAAGAACCAAAGUAUGAUAUCUGAGAUAAUGGAAAGAUGCUUGUUAUCCUGCUAUGAAGACGACGAUGUUUCAGGAGAAGAACCCGGAUUCGCUGCGGAUUUGAUCAUAUCGAAUCCUCAAACAUUUGCCCAUAUUCAUUGCGCUGAAGCCUUGGGAAUACCGUUGCAUCUUUCGUUCAGACUAGAAUACCUGUCGCCUCAAUCGGCCGUUGGAAUAAUCGAAAGAGCCUCAGUCCCUUGGACAUACUGCAUAUCACCUACGGUCAUCCCCAGACCUGCGGACUGGAUGGCAAAUAUUGAUAUUUCAGGUUUCUGUUUUCCAAAUAUGACAAAGGGUUACGACCCACUGAGGGAAUUGGUCGAGUUUAUUGAAUCUGGCGAACCGCCUAUAUAUAUUGGAUUUGGUUCGAUCGUCUUGGAGAACUCUGAAAACAUGACUAAGUCCGUGUUGGGGGCAAUAUCUCAGGCCGGAGUAAGGGCGAUAAUCGCAACGAGUCCAGAGGGUCUAGAUGAGGGCAUGAUCAAGGAUGCUGGAGACGAUGUGUUCCUGUUGACGGCUGACACACCGCAUGAUUGGCUAUUUGAGCGGGUUAGUGCAGUAGUUCAUCAUGGCGGGACCGGUACUACGGCAAUUGGACUUAAAUGUGGGAAACCUACCGUCACCGUCCCGUUUUUUGGAGACCAGCCGUGGUGGGCCGCACAAAUAACGCGCCUCGGAGUUGGUCCGCCUCCCAUUCACCCGAACAGGUUGACCGCGGAGGUUCUUGCAAACGCGAUCCGUGUGGCAAUUUCCCCGGAAUCGCGCGAGGCAGCGAGAAAAAUCGGGGACACGAUUCGAGCUGAACAUGGGCCUAAGAAUGCGGUCGAGAGUAUUCACAGACACUUGCCGUUAUUGAAUAUGCGAUGCGACCUUGAUCCUAAUCGGGUCGCAGUUUGGUAUUCCCCUACGCAUAAAUUGAGGUUGAGUGCAUUUGCAGCCCAGGUUCUGGCAGAAGCGGGAGAACUCGAUAUCAACAAGCUCGAAUUGCAUCGAUCUCGGGAAUACGAUACUCAUAUUGGACCUAUCGACCCGGUAUCCGGUACUAUUCUUCCUGGUAUAAAGAUUCUGAAUGACUUUGGAAGAGGUGUUGCCCAAUUGCCCAGUGAGCCUGGGAAAGGUGCUACCAAAAUGCUGAGCGCUUCUACCCUUGGGCUGCAAAACACGCUUCAAAGUGCUGCAGAAGGGAUGCAUAAUCUUCCAAAGGUUUACGGCGGGGAAGUUCGCAAGCAUAAGAAAGUGACUGGAAUUGGUUCUGGAUUCGCUCAGGGUGGGAAGGAGUUCGCACUAGGAUUAUACGACGGCUUUUCAGACUUUUUUAUGGAGCCUGUGAGGGGGUUUAAACGAGGGGGCGUGUUGGGUGCAAUUGGUGGAGUUGGAAUAGGAGCUCUUAACCUAACCACAAAACCGACUGCCGGUUUUAUGCACGCGGUAUCGAUGCCGAUCGAAGGGACGGUGAGGGAAGUCAAAUCACUUCUAAACAGACAAGUGGGGAAAGAUCGGAUUGUGACGAGGUAUGCUCAGGGUGUUUCGGCCGCCCGGGGCGCGAGCGAGGCGGAAAGAGAGAGAGUCGUGAGGGCCUUUAUCGAGCGUGUUAGUCGAGGCGACUCGGCGUCUACGGUGAAUAAGGAAGACAAGAAAGGAAAGGGAAAAGCAAAGAUAAUUUAA